AGACUCAGAGCAGACUUUUUGUACAGAUCUCCCCUCCCCCGCACAUUGCUCUUGAUAGCUACGUUUACUAAUAAUUUCGCUUUCAUUACAGAAGACCACACCGUUAUUGAUUUCCUUCUUACCUUGAUCUUUCCGUUUCCUCGGAUUGAACACGAAGACCAACUUUACUAGAUGUGUUUGUCUUUGUUGUAGCAACGGGCGCUCUAGACCUAGGAAGGUACUAGCAAGAAUCUAUGGUCUCUCCCCUUGUGGAGUUUGCGCGUCAGUGGUCGCAGGAGAUUCCGUUUUGCAGGACCAGGUGACGAAGAUGCGGCGCAACAUGUAAAGUGGUCGUUCACAGCACGCAGGAGGUGAACGGCCCGGCUCUGCACCAAUCAGAACCUCGCCCGGACGGUGCUCGAGCGCAAUGCUUGAAGUUGAACCAACGCAGAAGCCUCCGACGGUGGCAGAUGUGGGCUCCACGACUAGCAGCACGUUUUUGUACACCUGGGGUCCGAGCACGAAUUUGCAGCUGGGUUACCUGAAAUCCGGGAGCCGAGGGCAGAUUGUGCCCAAGCGGGUGUCUUUCUUGAAAUCUCAGGGUGGUGGAGGUGGAAAUGAAGAGCAUUCGGCCUGUGACGGUGCUUUUUAUGAAAUAUGCAGCGGCAAAUACCACACCGUGUGUGCCGUGGUCGUGCCCUCUCAUCAUGAAGGUUCUACGGCUGAAGAAGAUCUUGGUUUUGCAAAAGCUCCGCCGGAGAAGGACAAAAGGCAUCUUCAUGGGACAAGAGCUACGAGGAAGCAGGACCUGCAGAAGAAUCGACGAGAUUCGCCUAUAACGGUUUUCACAUGGGGCACGCAGUCAGAUCGGUAUCCGCGGCUUGGCCGAGCGGGAGGAGCUUCGGACGAACUUCCGAAUUUGUUGAAUAUUCACAAUUCAGUGCUCCGACCACUCGGCGGACAGAGCAGUUGCUGCCACGUGGCACGAAUUGCGUGCGGACGGGAUCACACUGUCAUGCUGGUUCGUGCAGGAGGAAAAGGAACAUUUGGCGGUCCGCAUGCGGCUGGCUAUACUAGUGUCGCGGCUUGCUCGUUCACCGCAGCGGCAGGUCGCGGAAACAAGAGCAGCGCGCUUCUCAUUGGGUUCGGCAGCAACGAGCAAGGACAGCUUCUCUUAGACAAAACUGAGAGGCCACAGGUGCCCGCGCCGAUUUGCCUGCCACAUGAGGAUUUUGUUUCGUUCGGCGGAUCAUCAACGGGAUCGUGCAAUGCGGAAAUCGUAGACCUUGCCUGCGGUGCGUUUCAUACAGCCGUUUUGAUAAAUUCGACGACGAGCAGUGCAGCCCCACAAUGCAGCAGCCGGGUACUGUAUCAAUUUGGGGCUUUUGCGGCAACUUCGAGGGUUAGCUCCAGCUCUGGCGCUACCAAUUCGCUGCCCGCUGCGAAGGCAGCUGCAGGCGAGCGCGACAAUCGCGCAGGAGGUGGAAUAAACAGUGUUGACAACUACAACCAGAAACUCCCUGCAGCGUUCGAGGUGUGCGAAAGAGUGAUCAAUUUUUUCCAACAGAGUCAACUACCCAAAUCCGGGAAAAAAGCCAAGGGGGAAGUGGAUCUAAUCCACUCUGCUACCUUGUCGUUGAUUCAGCAAUUUCAGUUUCCCGAGGAAAGGACAGCGGCGUGGUCACCGCAGGAACAGAUCGACACCGACAUUUCCAACAAGCUGGUGGUGGAAGGAAACAUCACUGCACUAGUGGACGACAGUGGGCUUUCCGUGUCCGUUUGGCGAAAGAAUGAAUUCGACAAGCGGAAAGUAAAGAUACGGUUUCCAUCAGCGUCAACCUCACAUCACGGCAGUAGAAUGACCUCCGAGCAGGACAUGUUCAUGAUGCAAGGCCCCACUGCAGAUGCAGAUGUCCCAGACAUUGGUCGUAGUACGGACUUCGAUCUGUAUCCCGGCGGCCGACCCCGAAUUCGGAAAUUGUUUCUCUUCCACCGGGCACAUGGCAUCGUGGACAUCGGCUGCCUAGAUACACGAGGGCGCUUUUGGUGCGCAUUAGUCUUCGCAUGGAGCAGUUCGGUUUCCGUUUCAUCUCAGAUUGCGAACAAUUCAACGUCCACCUCGUCGAACUUAUUCUUCGAGCCGCUGUUUGAAAACGUGCGCAGCAUCGUCAGCUUCAACGCAGAGCCGUCGCACGACGACGUAGAAGAAACAGCAGCAGCGUCAAGGCCGGCCUCCAGUGCAGCAAGCCCCGCUAGCGUACAGCUCGCAGUCGAGUACGUGAUGGUUAUAGAUUUAGAACGAAGCAGUAGCAGAGAGAAAAGACAUGCUGAUGCUCAACAUCGACACGUCGAAGGGGCAGGAGAGAACGACACUAGUGCGGCAGCUGCCGAAGCCGAGAGGACUGGGCGGCUUGCGGAAGUGGAGGAAGAUCGGAUUCUGGUUGUCGGUAAAGGAGCCCCGCAGGCGGAUAAACAGGACGACGGGCAUAAGUCUUCGUUCAUGUAUACGUCCUCUCAGGAAGAUCCUCCGCUACCGGCGCAGGCACUCGUUUCUGUGGUAGUCGAAAUGGCAUUCGGGGUGACCACAAGGCCUGCUGAGUCUGGUACAAGCAGGGUUGACGGGGGGCAAAACCAAACGCAAUUUGCGAGGGCCAAGACGAGCGUAAAGAAAAUCGAUUUGAUCCCGACUCUACACACGGGGUGCGAACUGCAAACAAUAAGCGCUACGGUUUCCGGGGUCUCGGCUGCCGAGCACGCCACUGGUAAUGCUAGUAGUGCAGGUCCUCCAGGUUCCUCCUUUUCCUCGGCCGUAUUGCAAAACGUAAGAGCUCAGGAGGUCCUACAGUUGCAGAGCAGCUUCCGGCUUCCUGAGGUAGAAGCGCACUUGGAGCAAGUGUCUGAGAAGUGGCGGCUUUCCAGGUUUGAAGAUUUCCACACACAGCAGCACUACGAACACCUGCUGUAUGACGAAAUGCAUCUUGAUCAUGAUUUUGGGGGAUAUGAUUUCCAUGCCGAGAUGAACGCUUUCAGUUUUGGUGGACGAGCUCCCGGAGCUUUCGAUUUGCCACCCAAUACCUCCGACGUGCCGGGCAGUUAUGGAUUCGGCAAUGUUUCGCAGCAUGAAUCUGGCUUCGGCAUAACCCCUGCAGUCGUGCACAACCUGAACGAAAACCAGAAUCUCGUAGGAGCCGAACCGCAAGCAGUAGAUCCGGCUCUCCCACGAACCUCGACGACUUCUACCUCAGAACAAGACGGCCACGCUAGCGAACAGCCCGGUGCAACCUCCGGAAAAACGUCGGCCAGACAAACGAAACCACAACUGUUUCCGUCUCUCGUGCUGCUGUGUGAGCGGCAGAUUAUCCGGAGUGGGAAAGUCACCCCCUUCACAGUGUUGGACUUCUUGGACUACGCGAUUUUGUACACGUUGGGGUUGCUGUGGAACUACUGUUUCGACGUGUUGUCAAAAAAUUGGGCGCAGGUUGUGUUGCUGCACCGCGAAGAAAACUUGGAGAAGAGCUACAUCGGAAAAUUGCUCGCAGAGUGGGAAAAAUGUGGGGGCUACCUCGGUUUUCGGAACUCCGUUCUGCUGCAGGUGACUUCACGCGACUUUUUGGAGGAUGAGGAAGAUGCGUAUGCGCAGGGCAGCACCCUUUGCAGUGCUGCGGCGUACUUGAGUACUUCCUACAGCAAGCGAGUUUUGGCGGCUAGCAUGCAGGCCAUGACCUGCAGCAGCAAUGAAGCGUCCAGCACGAAGAGGAAGUCCCACAAACUCGGUAUCUUCUCCAAAAUUAACGGGCUAUGCGCCGAGCAGUACCUAGCAGCGCGUCCGUCCGUAAUCGCCGGAGAGGAGAGCCGAAACAGCGCGGACUACAGUGAGAUGCAGCUGCAGAUGAAUAGCAAUGCCAGCACCACGACGGCACGGGGAUCGUCACAGCUCACGCAGCAGAAAAGCGCCAAUAGCUCGCGGGGCCCCUCCUUCUGGAGUAACAAGAAAAAGAAGCAAAAGCACAACAAGGGACCUCCACCUAGUGCGCAAAAUACUUCUAGGGUCAGCGCCGGAAGCACGGACGAACAGCGCGCGACUCGAGUAGAAGACGAGGAGCUAGAUGAUGGAAGCCAGAAGAGGAGCGCCAACAAGCCGGAUGAACCAAGCAACGAGCAGCUUGACAGCGACUACCUGUACGCGGUGCGGCUUUCCACAGGACUGAUACAAGACGUUUACUCGUCAAAGGGAGCAAAUGAGCGCGCAACUGCUUCAAGCGCCAAAACAAGGAGCGAGCUGGAUGAGGAAAUAGCUAAGGGGCCGUGGACGGAAAUUGGGUCAUCGCGAAAGAGCAAAAGCGAGAAGAAAAGAUCAUCUUUUCACGACGAGGCGCAAGCAAAGUCCCGAAACAGUGUCGCCUCCGAACAGGAACCCGCGCCCUCUACCAAGAGAUCGCUUGUUCUCGGGGACUGGCUUGCAGCUACCCCGGGAAGCGCUGCGGGGAAGGCCAACGGAGGACAGCAUCCACGAGUGCGCGGUGCUGUUGUAGAAAUGAACCAAGUGCGGCCGAAUGCUACAGUCCAAAGGAACCAGAACAAAGGCAAGACCAAGCCGGUUACUCAAUUAUCAGAGACUGCCAACACCACAGCCAAAUCUGCCAGUGAGACGUUGUCGAGCUCCAUAUCAUCACAUGAGCAUGUUGCCGGAAAAAAUUCGCAAGGUGCCUCAAGUGCAACUCCAGGAACUGGCGCUUCGAACUCCUCUGUCUGGGACGUUGGUGGCGUAAGAGCACACACGACAAACACAACCAAGCCCGCCACGCUGGCGGAAAUUUUUGAAGAAGAGCAAGGGGCGCGGCGGGCCAAAGAGUUGCAACUCGCUGCGCAGCAAGCCCAUCACCAUACAGCUACUCUGAGUGCUGGCGCAGGUGCUGUCCCAGCGUCAACUUCCUUGGCAACCUCGGGAGGAGCAGCAGGUCGCGCAAUCUCGAGUUCAAGCUCGACCGGAUCGCGAAAGGGAAGUCUGCCUGCUGUUCCGGUGGAAAUAUUCGUCUCCUCAACAUCAUCUAGAAGUACGACAACAAAUGCCAAAACAACGCCGGCGAAGCACGCGUUGAGCUGCCUUAGUGCGUCGUCUCCCCCGCCGUCCUCGCAGCAAGGGCGUGGACCCGAGUCGUCUUCCUCGACAGCCGUACAAAUACUGUCAUCAACAACUGCGAAAAAUACCAAAAGCGGGAACAAGGUCGACGACCCAACAAAGAAUUCCUGGGGCUUUCAAGCGAUGCCGGAAACGCGGCGCAACUUGGCGUUCGACCUGCAAACGUUGCAGCAGCUAGAACGCAUUGAGCAGGAGGAAGCCGAGAUUGCGGAAAUCGAGGCCCGGUUCGCCGCUAUGGAGCUCGCAGAGGAACUCGACCGACAGGAAUUAUUGGGGGCAGAAGCAGGCUCAUCAUCUGCAGCUAUCGGAAAGCACGGAGCGCGCGGAAAAAAUGAAAAAUUGAAGAACAAUAAGAAAAACGCAGACAGUCGUGGCGGGACAGGCCCCAGCCCGCAGGACAACGAAGUUGUGGAUGCGAAGGUUUCCAAUGGAAAGCAUCGCACCGGCAACAAAGGAAGUGGUAAGAUGGCUAAGGGCAAGGGCACAAAGAAAAUCGAGAAAGGUCUUCACAGUGAGCAUCCAUCCGGGAAGUCGAAUCGCCGCAGCGACGGUGAGAAGAAUGGAACAAACACAUCGACCGCGAGCGGCAAAAAACAGAACCGCAAUAAAGGCAAAAGUAAACAGAACACUGAUGAUGUUGACGAAACACUCUGAAUACUUAGCCACAGCAGAUGAG